CAACAUGAGACCCAACAGCUUCUUGGUCCUGGCAGUGUUCCUUUUCCUGGGGAUCCUGGUGGCACAGGCAGCCGUCAGUGGAGUUCCUCCUAAAGGGCAAGGUCGUGUUCUGGUCAAAGGACAAGAUCCCGUUAGAGGUCAAGAUCCAGUCAAAGCCAAAGUUCCCGUGUCCACUAAGCCUGGCUCCUGCCCCCACAUUCUGAUCCAGUGCGCCAUGUUGAACCCCCCAAACCGCUGUCUGAGAGACACCCAGUGCCCAGGGGCCAAGAAGUGCUGUAAGGGCGCUUGUGGGCUGGCCUGCUUGGAUCCCCAGUGAGCCAGGUGGAGCCUGUCCUUGCUGCACCUGAGACGUCCCCAGAGCUGCGGGUCCGGACCCUUGUCCCACAGGCCCAUCCCUCCCUGGGCAUUCUGCCUCCCGCCCAGGAUGCCCAAGUCUGGGCUUGGUUGCUUCCCUUGUUGACCUUGCAAUAAAAGAUGACUUUCUGCUCCA